UAAAGUGCAACGCAGCAGAUAUAUUGAAUAAUAAUUCGUAUGUAUACUAUUUUCCUAACUAUCCAAAUAUAUUAUACAUGUAUAUAGAAUAUAUCAUAGAUAAAAUGUCUAAUAAUAAAAAAUAUAAUAUUGAAAAAAAAAUUUAUAAUCAUUAUGAUACUAAUUGUAGUUUAUAAUAUUAGUUUCGUAAUAUAUUUUUAUUUUUAUAUUGAAAUAUUUUUUUAAAUUUUUAAAGCAUAAUAAAUAUAAUACUAAUAAUUUAAUUGUGUUUAUUCAAUAUUCUCUAAUUAGAAUUAAUAAUAUAUAAAUAUAAAAUAUAUAUAUUUAGUUCUUUUAUUUAUAACAUAUUUAAAAUUUAAUAAUGAAUUUAUGUUCUUGAAAUGUUAAAGAUAAUUAAGAAAUAGCAUGUAUUACAAUUAUAAAUUAACAUCGUUUGUUAAAGUGUUAGCAUUUCGAACUAGUUUUAUAGUAUAGUAUAGUUAGAGCAUAUUUCGUAUUAUUCACUAUUGCAGUUGUGUAUCACUGAUCACGGAAUAGAAUAUUUCUUAUUUUCUUAUUUAUUCAAUUUUAAUGUUCAAAAACAUAUAUAAAAAUAAAAUCAGAAUUUAUUUUCUUGUUUUUUUUAAAAAACAAUUAUUUUUAUAUUAAAUAUUUAAUAUAUUAAAAUUUUAUCUUAUAUUCGCGAUCAAUUGCCACGUAUACAAGUGCAUUCAUAAAUAUAUAUAUAUUUACGUAGUCAAAGAUAUAAUAUAGUUAUGUCAAACGAAACUCCAAAUAAACGUAUGAUGACGACUUGUAGCAAUGUAUCAGAACAAGCACAUCAUGUAUCAAGAGCAAAACGUGGACAAGCAAUAGGGAGUAUAAGAGGUUUUCGAGGAUGUACAGUUUGGUUAACAGGCCUUUCUGGUGCAGGAAAAACUUCCAUAGCUUUUCAAGUUGAAGCUAUUUUAGUUAAUCAUGGAAUUGCUGCUUAUGGACUUGAUGGAGAUAAUGUAAGAAGUGGUUUAAACUGCAAUCUUGGUUUUAGCAAAGAAGAUAGAAAAGAAAAUAUAAGAAGAGUUGCAGAAGUAGCAAAAUUAUUUGCCGAUAGUGGUCAAAUUUGUUUAUGUAGUUUUGUAUCGCCAUUUGAAGAAGAUAGACAAAUGGCAAGACAAAUUCAUAAAAUGUCGGAUCUUCCAUUUUUUGAAGUUUUUGUUGAUACACCUCUUAAUGUAUGUGAAGCUAGGGAUACGAAAGGAUUAUAUAAAAAAGCACGUGAAGGCACAAUCAAAGGUUUUACUGGAAUAGAUCAGAUGUAUGAAAGACCAACAAAUCCUGAUUUAGUGGUAAUCACUGAAAACUGUACUCCAGAAGAAUCAGCUGCAACUGUUAUUGAUCUUCUGGAGAAACAUUGUAUUAUACCAAUACUUCAAAAACCUUCUAUACCAAUACGGGAGUUGUUCAUUCCAGAAUCACGAAUAUCUUCUGCCAAAACAGAAGCAGCUACUCUUCAGAGUUUAGAAAUUAGUGAAAUAGAUGUACAAUGGCUCCAAGUUUUAGCAGAAGGUUGGGCAGCACCUCUUACUGGUUUUAUGAGAGAACAUCAAUAUCUUCAGACUCAACAUUUAAAAUGUCUUCUUGAAGAUGAUAAAGAAAUUAACCAAUCAGUUCCCAUAGUCCUUGCAGUACAUGCAGAGGAUAAGCAACGUUUGAAUGGGCUUUCAGCUUUUACAUUGAAAUAUAAAUAUAAACCUCUUGCAAUAUUACGUAGGCCUGAAUUUUAUUUUCACAGAAAAGAAGAAAGAUGUGGUUGGCAAUUUGGUACUAACAAUUUAGGACAUCCAUAUGUAAAAAUAAUUCAUGAAUCUGGCGAUUGGUUAGUAGGUGGUGAUGUGGAAGUUAUUCAAAGGAUUAGAUGGUAUGAUGGUCUAGAUAAAUAUAGACUUACUCCAAAUGAAAUUAGAACAAAAUGUAGAAAAAUGAAAGCUGAUGCUGUAUUUGCAUUUCAACUUAGAAAUCCUAUACAUAAUGGUCAUGCAUUAUUAAUGCAAGAUACAAAAAAACGUUUAUUAGAAAAUAGAGGAUUUAAAAAUCCUGUUUUAUUGUUACAUCCUCUGGGUGGUUGGACAAAAGAUGAUGAUGUACCAUUACAUACAAGAAUUCUACAACAUGAAGCUGUACUUAAUGAAGGAGUAUUGGAUGCCAGUUCUACAUUGUUAGCAAUUUUUCCAAGUCCAAUGAUGUAUGCAGGACCAAUUGAGGUACAAUGGCAUGCAAAAGCCAGAAUGAAUGCUGGUGCUAAUUUUUAUAUUGUUGGAAGAGAUCCUGCUGGCAUACCACAUCCUAAUAAAAAUGCAACACCAGAUGGAAAUCUUUAUGAUCCUACUCAUGGAGCGAGAGUUCUCUCAAUAGCUCGAGGUUUACAAUCACUAGAAAUCAUACCAUUUAAAGUUGCAGCAUAUGAUAAAAAAUAUAAAAAAAUGUCUUUCUUUGAUGAGAAACGAAAAGAAGAUUUUGAAUUUAUAUCAGGGACAAAAAUGCGUUGUUUAGCAAAAGCAGGUAAAAAUCCACCUGAUGGCUUUAUGUCAUCCAAAGCGUGGAUUGUUCUUGCACAAUAUUAUCAAAAUCUAGAGAAGUAAAAAUUUAUUAUGAAACAUAUUAAAAAUUAUUGCACUUAAAAAACACUUAAAAAAAAGUGUUUAUCUUGAAAAAAAUAAGUAAAAAAAAUAUUAAAAAUGAUAUGAUAUUAAUAUCAUUUGUAUAUUUGUACAUUUUUCUUGUACAGUACAGUAAUUUCAAUAUUUAUCUAUUUUAGAUAACUUAAUAUAUAUAUAUAUAUAUAUAUAUAUUUUUAAUGUAUAAUAUAUACGUUAAUUUUAUUUUAUAUAAAAUUUAAUUGUAUUUUCUUCAUAAGAAUUUUAUAAAAAUAUAUAUAAUAUAUAUAAUAUAUGAUUUAUUAUUGUAUUUAAAAGAUAUAUAUUACCCAACAUUAAAAAGUUAUAUUUAAUUUAACAAGAUAUAGAAAAAUAUAAUUAAAAUAAAUAUCUGUAAAAUAUUUUAAGUAUAGAAAUAUUUAAUAUUUAAAUUUUUUUAUUACUACAAUAAAAUACAAAUAUAAUUUAUAAAAGUUUGAUUGCAUAAGAAAAUGAAUAAAAGUUAAAAUUUAAAAAUUAAAAUAUGCGAAUAUAUGAUUUAUUAUAAUAUGUGAUAAAUAAAAAAUAUAUUUCGUAAAAGUUUUAAUAAUUAUGCAAUAUUCAAUAUGAACCGGUAAUCAUACUAUAAGUUAAUAAUUAAGUUAUAAUAAAUAAGUUAAUAAGAUUUUAUAAGAAAAAAAAUUGAUAUAAAAUUUUUUGAAAAAAAUUAAUUUUGAAAAUUUAUAACAAAUAAUUUUAAUGAAUAUAAUUUUUUAGUUACAUAUUAUUAUUAAUUGUUUCUAUUCAAGUUAAUGUUUAUAAGCACUGAUGAUAAUAUAAUUAAUAUAUAACAAAAAGUGUUUCUUUGGAUUAUUUAUUUUUUAUUUUUGUAUUUUAUAUUACAACAAAACUUUAGUAUUUUAAAAAAACAAUAAAUUUCUUAAAUUAAAAAUAUUUGUGAUAGAUCGAUUAUAAUGGAAAAAAUAUAUCGAUCAUCAAAGUUGCUAAAUUUUAAUGUAAACUCUUUAUUUUCAUUUUUUAUAUUUUAUAUUUUUUAUAUCUCUACAAUUAUUUAUAUAUAAAAAAUAAACAAUAUAAAAUAAAAAAUUUUUGAAAAAUUAAAAAAUGUAAAAUUUCAUUAUAUUCAAUCAUCUUUUUUCAUUGAAAAAAAGUUAUGUAUGCAGUGACAGAAAUUUUUAACAAUAUUUCUAAUUUAAUAAAUAAUAAAUAAUAUUCAGAAAUACUUUUUGCUAUUUCAAUCUACAAAAUUAUUAUUAUUAUGUUUAUAAAUACUAAUAUAAAUAAAGAUAAUAGAGUGGCAUAAUGAAAUGGCAAGAUAGCCAAGUCUUUAUACUUCCUUUGUAUAUCUUCCUUUGUACAUUUAAUUUUUUUAAUCGAUUUUUCCAAAAAUGAAAUUUCGGAUGAAAAAAAUGUAUUAAAUUUUUUUUUAUUUUUUUCAGAAAAAAUUACCUUUUACCUGGCUGUAUAGUAGUCACAAUGACGAAUUUUUCAAUGAAAUGUAUACAAAAAUUUUAAUUAUAUAUAAAUACAUAAAUUUAACUGUACUUUUAUAUUUUAAUAAUAAAGAAGUACAGUUUCUAUUAGUAAAAAUUUCUAAUUUAUUAUAAUAUGAGAAAUUAUUAUCAUAAAGCCAAAAGAAAAAGAAAAAAAAAGAAAAAAGAAAAAAAACAAAUAUUAACUCUUGAGCAUUAUAAUAUAUAAAAAUCUAUAAUAAGUCUAUAAUAGUUAACCAUACAAAAUUAUAUUAAAAAUAUAUAUAAAUAUAUUUGACAGAUUGGAAAAAUAUUUUUGUAUAAAGUUAUGCAAAAAAAUUAUUGAAAAAAUCAAAAAUAUUUGACAAUUCCUUAAUUUACUAUUCUUUAUAAUAACUAUAAAAUGCAUGACUUUUUUAAAAAUAUUUCCAGUCCUUUACAAAUUAAAAAACAAA